UCAGGAGGCUGUCGGGAUCCUCACAAAGGCCUAAUCACACACGCACGUAAUUAUCCUUGGCUUCUAUUCAGUUCAAACUGCCUAUAAUCCUGAUACUAACUUUCCCUGAACCAGUAAACACCUGACUCUAAACCGAUCUUUAUCCAAACACUCAUUUUGACCACAGCUUUAAACCAUCGUUCCUACAUAGAGAAGACCAGGAUUUGGACCAGGAUCAUCUUUACAGGAACUGGUCCAGUGUUAAUGGCAGGAGAAGUCCAACAUAUACAGUACAGAUACAAACACACGCACAGACUCGGAGACACGCCUUCUCGGCUCGGCUCUGUGAGCAGCGCUCCGCGGCUGAUGUGAUUGAGCGGCUCCUCUGGCUGGUCUGUCAGCCUGGCUGCCUUGGCGCCUCCCCUCUCCUCUAUAAAUGUAGGAAAUCACUUCAUUCCUCUCACAUCGAGCGUGCUGGAGAGAGAGGAGAGCCGAAGCUACGCGGGAUGUUAUGAGUGAUUAGAUUGUUCUCCUUUAUAGCACAGUCGUGGUUUCUACAUUUACAGCGUCCUUUUUUAAACAGCGUCUUGUCGAUCAUCGUAGAUCGCCCCUCCAGUAGUGUUAUUGUUCCGAUUUUCUCUCCGUUGUUUACUGAAGAUGAAGGCUGUGACUCCAGUCCACCCACAGGACUCCUCCUCCAGCGGCAGCCAGCUCCACCUGCACUAUCUGUCGAAGCAGAGUGUCAACAUCGCCCGGUGCAGGAUGGAGGAGGAGGACCUGUUCUGCCUGCAGUACGACAUGAACGACUGCUACACCCGACUCAAGCGCCUCGUGCCCACCAUUCCGCAGGAUAAGAAAGUCAGCAAAGUGGAGAUCCUCCAGCAUGUCAUAGACUACAUCCUGGACCUGCAGCUGGCCCUGGAGACGCACCCUUCGCUCCACAAACAACAGCCACAGAGGACCGGGACCUGCCCUCAUCCUCCGCCACCAGCCUCCAACCCCAGCCGGACACCGCUGACGGUGCUCAACACUGACCACCACCAGAGGACGUCAAUAGUCAAAAAGCCAGAGGACUCAGUUUUAUGCCGCUGAGACACAGGCACUGCAUUGUUGUUCCCAUUGAAGAAGGAAUCACUGUGCAGACACCUCCCUGCCCCGACUCCUGUCCAACUGGUUCUAGCUUCAUUUCUUCCCACUUAAAGAAAAGAUGGACUCCUCUCCCCUGUGCUGAGAAGAACUGUCAGUGAAUUGUGCUUAAAGAAAAUAGAUAAAAAUGACUCCAGUUUAAAGCUUUACUAAACUGCGAAAAAAAAUCAUUGUAUAUUGUUGUUUUUUUUUCCAACAUCUAUUGUUUAAAAUAGAUGCUUUGUGUUGAGCAGGGAUCUGAUCCCUGGAGUCUGACAAUGUUUCAUACUGUAAAGAACAACGAUUCUGAUUGGAGACGAUUACGAUUGUACAUAAAGAGACGUAAAUGUUCUAUGAAAAGUAUGUGAAAGGAAAGGACUUCUAUGUUUAAAAUAGAUUAUUGCAAUUAUAAGGAUAUUUUUAUCGAAUCUCUUUUUUUGUUGUCGUUGUUGUUGUUCUGUACAUAUUGUGUUUUUUCUGCUCUGCCAGUGACAUGACAGUCUUUCUCAGUUUUUUUUUUCUCUUUGCAGUGUUUUUGGAAUAGUUGAAUAUGUAGCAUGUGCUGCUCUUUCUGCGGAGAUGUUUGAACGUGCACUGAAGCAGCUCUCUGUGUGUAGAUACUGUCUGGUGGAGUUCAACACAAAAAUGUUAUUUGGCCUGUUCAGCCCUGUGUUGGAUUAGUUUUUCAUUCAUUCGUUUUCACCGUCUCCUGCUGAUUGUUUUCGUUUUAUUUUACGCUGAAUUGGAAGAAAUAUCUACAACACGGUGAAAUGUUCCUGCACGCAGAGUUGGUUCUGGAGAAGUUAAUGAUUAAAUCAUAAAUUUAAGCUUCAGUCGUGGACAGAUCAAAUCUGUGUGAGACUCUUAAUGAAAAACCUUUCAUGUAAUUUAUUCAGUUCUGUGAGUUUAUAUACAUUUAAUUUCUUUUAUUGAAGAUUCAGCAGCCAUCGUUGUGGGGGGAAAAAAACAGAAAAGAAACACACACACACACGUUUUAUUUUUAAUGACGUUGAAUGCCGAAUUUACCUCACCGCCCUCCUGCCAGUGUGAGAGGGGCACUUGUACAUGACUGUCAGCUGCACUGUUGGACUUUACCUUCACUGGCCUGUGAGGAGUUGUCAAAACAAUUAAAAGUUUCCAGUAAAAA